UGAUUUUUGUAAACAGACGUUAGCAUUUUAUCAUGCUGCGGUGGCAUGCAAUUUACUCUUAUCUAAACUAUGCCGAAACUCUUUGAGGUAAAGUUUACAGACAAAUCUAAUACGGGAGGAUUUUGGUCUGCCAUUGAUGUUUGGAUAAAGAAACCACACGUUGUGAACAAACGUCUUUGUGGAGUCAAAGAGACACAGAGCAAGAAUGUUGACUUUGAAGAAAUUAGAAACAUUCUGCUAACUCAUGGAAGUGAUACUUCAGAGUCGAAGGAUGUUCUUACUUUCUUGAAUAGUGGCGUUGAACAUGACAAGGAGAGACUGUGGUCUUUUUGUGUGAGGACAUUCAUUCCUAAAGUAAACUGUUAUGGCACAACUGUACAUAAAGACAUUAUACUUAAAGGUAAGCGUUAAUGACAUUCAGCUGAUGUUUAAGCUGCUUAUUAUUGAGUUCUGGCUGACUUUACAACAUGUACGCAAUAUAUGUAUUUGAAUACAGUCUGAUGUGUGACAUUUUUUUACUCGACAUUUUCAGAUUUUGACACUCAAAGAGUAAGCUUCUUACCAGUUGAAGAGAGUGCGGAAGGGACUGCCUCUCUACGGAAGAACAACAUCUAUCAGAUACAGCUCCUGGCUGAGAAGAAUGAUGAAUGGUGAGUGUUUCCAUGUUUAAUCUCAGUGUCGCUUCUUCACCUACCCUUCCAUUGAUCCAGAAAUGCAUGGACACAUUGGACAUUGUCUACAUUGGUUUGCUCUGUAAUCUCAUCUCCAGGACACUAGAGUUACAUCUCAUGCGGCCUGGUGACUGGUUCAGUGACGGGGUGGCCUACCCCAAACUGCCCUGGCUCGGUGGGGAGCUCCUGCCCAAACUGGUGCGCUGGGCCACGGAGAGUAAGAUCAGUGAGUUCAAGAGCACCCUGUCCCUCCUGCCUGUAGAGAUGUACAGCACCAUGUACCAACAGCUGAAGGAUAAGUACAAGGAGAUGGUCAAGGUAUGGUUAAUAAAUGGUUAAUAUGGUGAAUGUAUGGUCAAGGUAUGGUUAAUAGUUAAUGGUCAAUGUCUUGUCUUUAAUGGUAUAGAUUUGUCAAAACAGUCCUGAACGCAUGAAUAUAUUUGUCUUUGCGUAGGUUUGGCCUGAAGUGACUGAUCCAGAAAAGUUUGUCUUUGAAGAUGUUGCCAUCGCUACCUAUCUUUUGGUAGGUCUCUUCUCUACAUGGACAGUAACUACGACAAUGUAUUUGACGGAAUGCUAAUAUGAGUAAAAUGCCAACUCUAAUGACAGUAACACCAUUGUCUAUUAAUGCACAGGUCCUAUGGGGCGAGGAGCGAGCAGAGAAGGGUCUGACCGCCAAACAGUCCUUUGUGGAUCUUGGUUGUGGAAAUGGUCUCCUGGUUCACAUACUAAGCAAUGAAGGGGUAUGUGUGAUAAACAGUACACUAGGUUCACCAGAACCUGAUAUGCCCCGGUACUGAAUAGUAACACCAGGACUACGGGCUGAAAUACUCCAUGUGGAAAACUGACCUCUCUAGCAGAGCUCCUUUAAUUUCCAAAUGUCCACUAGAUGCUUAAUCAAUGACAGGGUAGCCGGCGAGUCGUAAAAAGCUUUAGGAUGCGUCCCAAAUUGCACUGUAUUCCCUAUAUAGUGCACUACUUUUGACCAGGGCCCCCAUAGUGCACCAUAAAUGGAAUAGGAUCCCAUUUGGGACGCAGACUUAAUCUGUGCCAAUUCCAUGCCAAUGUUCCAUUUAAUCAGUGAUGUGAUUUAACGUCCAAUCAAAACGCUGGAUAGCCGUAAUUGAAAUUACACACGGGGUAGGUGGAAAGUGUGUUACUAUACACAAUGUUAUUUUGAUGAAGUGAUUAGGGACUGACCAUCAUGCCUACUUGUGUUUCAGCACCCUGGAAAGGGCAUCGACGUGAGGAAAAGGAAGAUCUGGGAUAUGUACGGCCCACAAACACAUCUAGAGGUGAGGAAGGGCUAUAUGAAACUCAGCCUAGAUCAACUAUUUGAUUUAGGGGUAGAUACUGCAUGAGUCUUCCGUAGUACCGUUACACUUGUGGAAAUUGACCUAUAUGGAUAGGGACAAAUUGAAAUGUUUCUAACAGAAAUAGUCUGGGUAGCCAUUUGAUUAGCUGUUUGGGGUAUGUACGGUCACUGUGGGGACAACGUCAUCAAUGCACUUACUGAUGAAGCCAGUGACUGAUGUGGUGUACUCCUCAAUGUCAUCGGAAGAAUACCGGAACAUAUUCCAGUCUGUGCUAGCAAAAACAGUUGCAUGGAGAGUCUGUGCUAGCAAAAACAGUUGCAUGGAGAGUCUGUGUUAGCAAAACAGUUGCAUGGACAGUCUGUGCUAGCAAAACAGUUGCAUGGACAGUCUGUACUAGCAAAAACAGUUGCAUGGACAGUCUGUGCUAGCAAAAACAGUUGCAUGGACAGUCUGUGCUAGCAAAAACAGUUGCAUGGACAGUGUGUGCUAGCAAAAACAGUUGCAUGGACAGUCUGUGCUAGCAAAAACAGUUGCAUGGACAGUCUGUGCUAGCAAAAACAGUUGCAUGGACAGUGUGUGCUAGCAAAAACAGUUGCAUGGACUCACUGUCCAAUAAUAGUGUAUACCAUACAGUUAGUUAUCUGUAAGAUCCCUCAGUCGAGCAGUGAAUUUCAAACACAGAUUCAACUACAAAGACCAGGGAGUUCUUUUAAUUUUUAAUUUUUUUAAUCUAUGGCAAUAUUUGAAAAUGGCUGUGUAGCAAUGAUCAACAACCAACUUGACAGAGCUUGAAUAAUUUAAAAAAGAAUAAUGUGCAAAUAUUGUCCAAUCCAGGUGUGCAAAGCUCUUAGAGACUCACAGCUGAAAUCGCUGCCAAAGGUGAUUCUAACAUGUAUUGACUCAGGGGUGUGAAUACUUAUUUUCAAUACAUUUGCCAAAAUGUCUAAAAACAUGUUUUCACUUUGUCAUUAUGGGACCACCCAUACGUAAAAAUGUAUGCACACGUGACUGUAAGUCGCUUUGGAUAAAAGCGUCUGCUAAAUGGCAUAUUAUAUUAUUAUUAUUAUUGUGUGUAGAUGGGUGAGAGAAAAAUAAUCUUUAAUCCAUUUUGAAUUCAGGCUGUAACACAACAAAAUGUGGAAUAAGUAAAGGGAUAUGAAUACUUUCAGUUUAGCACUAAAAAUAACAUAAGGUAGAACAAAAACACACAAUAAAUAAAAUAAGAAGAACACGAGGAAGUAAGAAGCUAUAUACAGGGUCAGUUCCAAUACCAUAUUUACAAUGUACAGGGAUACUGGAGUGAUAGAGGUAGAUAUGUAUAGGGGUAAGGUGACUAGGCAUAAGGAUAUAUGAUAAACAGAGUAGCAGCAACGUAAAUUAUGAUUGUAUGUGUAGAGUCUGUAAAAAAUGUGUGUGCAUGUAAUGUGUGUGUUGGAGUGUCAGUGUGUGUGAGUAUGUAGAGUCCUGUGAAUGUGCUUAGAGACAGUGAAAAAAUAAAAUACAAGUCAACUCAGGUAGUCCGUGUAGCCAUUCAGUUAGCUAUUUAGCAGUCUUAUUGCUUGGGGAUAGAAGCUGUUCGGUAGCCUGUUGGUGUCAGACUUGAUGCCCUGGUACCGCUUGAUGUGCGGAAGCAGAGAGAACAGUCUAUGGCUUGGGUGGCUGGAGUCUUUAACAAUUUUCCGGGCCUUUCACACCGCCUGAUGUAGAGGUCCUGGAUGGCAGGGAGCUCGGCCUCAGUGAUGUACUGGGCUGUCCGCACCACCGUCUGUAGCGCCUUGCGAUCAAGGGUGGUGCUGUUGCCAUACCAAGCAGUGAUGCAGCCUGUCAAGAUGCUCUCAAUGGUGUAGCUGUAUAACUUUUUGAGGAUGUGAAGGCCCAUACCAAACCUUUUCAACUAUUUUAUUUUAUUUGACCUUUUUUUAACUAGGCAAGUCAGUUAAGAACAAAUUCUUAUUUACAAUGACGGCCUACACCGGCCAAACCCGGACAACGCUGGGCCAAUUGUGCGCCGCCCUAUGGGACUCCCAAUCACGGCCGGUUGUGAUACAGCCUGGAAUCGAACCAGGGCGUCUGUAGUGACGCCUCAAGCACUGAGAUGCAGUGCCUUAGACCGCUGCGCCACUUCUGGAAGGGGAAGAGGCACUCUCACGCUGCCUUCACGACUGUGCGUGUGUGAGUGGACCAUUUUAAGUCCUUAGUGAUUUGGACACCAAGGAACUUGAAGCUCUUGACCUGCUCCACUGCAGCCCCAUUGAUGUGGAUGGGGGCGUGCUCGCCCCCCCCCCCCCCCCCCAUUUCCUGUAGUCCACGAUCAGCUCUUUGGUCUUACUGGCGUUGAGGGAGAGGUUGUUGUCCCGGCACCACACUGCCAGGUCACUGACCUCCUCCCUGUAGGAUGUGUCAUUGUUGCCGGUGAUCAGUCCUACCACUGUUGUGUCGUCAACAAACUUGAUGGUGUUGGAGUCGUGCGUGGCCAUGCAGUCGUGGGUGAACAGAGAGUACAGUAGGGUACUAAACACACCCCUGUGGGGCCCCAGUGUUGAGGGUCAGCGUGGCGGAGGUGAUGUUGCCUACCUUCACUACCUGGGGUCAGCCCGUCAGGAAGUCCAGGACCCAGUUGCAGAGGGAGGUGUUCAGUCCCAGGGUACUAAGCUUGGUGAUGAGAUGAGCUUGGAGGGGACAAAGGUGUUGAAUGCUGAGCUGAAGUCAAUGGAAUACCAUCCGGCCCCGCGGCCUUGCGAGUGUUGACCUGAUUAAAGACCUUACUCACGUCGGCCUUGGAGAGUGAGAUCACACAGUCAUGAAUGGUACGGUGUUAAUGUUGAAGCGUGUAACUAUGGCUCAAACGUAGCGAUCAUAAACAGUGAUACUGUAAAUGAUGACAUGAGUUUUCAAAUAUGGAAAUGUGAAAUGCAUAUUUGGACUCACGGGUGUGUGGUUUGCUUGUAUGACAUCAAAGCGGUAUUUAUUAUAAUCCUCAAUAUCUCAUCUUUCAGAACACCGACUCUUCUCGAUUUACAGCAUUUCCCUCACUCAGACAACAACAAAUGUGCAAAAGUAGCCCAAUUUGCGGGAGGGAUGGGGGGGGGGGGGGGCAUCUUCUUGUCGCACGCGGUGCUCAAGUUUAUAGCGACUGUCAGUCAAAACCUAUACGGCGCUGUGAAGCGGAGAACCUGAGCUCUGACAUCAUGUAUAGCAUGUACAUCCACUGCAUUCCAAUUUAGGCACUUGUCAAUGUCAAUCUGCCAUUUUCAACCCGUAUACGGGAUGACAGGGGCUGUGAGUGGAACGGGUUAAAAUCGCACUAGAUCAACUUAAUUCUGAGGGCUUUGUGGAUAUUUUGUAUUCCCCUAUUUUUGAAAGCAAACAAAACUAUCACACUAUUUGAAAUAUUUAUGAAUACCAGAUUCAUUCAGAAGAUAUGUAGGUCUUAUAACGGUAUUAUAUUAACUAUUUCAUUCACCUUUUCAAAUGAAGUAAUAUGACAGUUGCAUAUAGUCUAAACCACCAUAGAUACACAUGGAAUUGCACAUGGGGUUGCGGGGAACCCCACACGUUGUUAGACACGCUGUGCUCUGCUGUGCUGUACUUUCCCCCUGCUGCACGCCUUCAAUGUUUCAUCAGAAGACAAGCUGCUGAAUGUUCCCUUGCAUCUAUUAUUCACUGUGUGUAUGCCAGGCAGGAAGUGGCUAGGCGAGGUAGUUGUUCCCAUAGGGACACACUGUACUUUUAGCUAACAGCUCAGGAUUCUUUCUGGUAUCCUUAUUGUCGGUGAUGGGAUAUGAUGGGUGUAUAGAACAUGGGAAGUGGUCUCCAACACCUGAAGGGUUUUUCCUUGUCAUUUUUUGAGUGUUUUCCUUUCAACUAGUUUCCUUAGUUGUCAAUUUUUUGCCUGAAAUCCCUUAUUUACUUUUAUUGUUGUUGUUUAAAAGUAUAAAACCAGUAAUUUCUCUAGACCCUACAUGGCAAGAGGCACAAAAUGUUGCUUUGAAAAGUAUUUUUCAGAAUUUGUAAACUUUGUAUUUCAGACCACCCUUCCUUAUACCCACCCAGACACUAAAUGAAAUGAGAUAACGAUCACAUUAAGCAUUAUCCUCCUUCAAUAUUAAAAGUUGGCAACAGAGUUGUUAUUUUGCGAUAGAGAGCGGCUGGGUGUGUCAUAAGCCAUUUGUAAUUCAAAAAUGAUUAAUAAAAAUAUAUAUAUAAUUACUGUCAGCUUCUCUCUGAUCUUCUCUCUGACCUGUUGUGCUUUUGGGCGGGGGCUUUUUUUCUAUUCCAGGAAACGGCAAUCACUCCCAGUGAUGGCUUCUUAUUCCCGGGCACAGACUGGCUGAUUGGAAACCACUCGGACGAGCUCACACCGUGGAUCCCCGUUAUAGCGGCCAGGCAAGUCAUCAGCAGAAACUAUUUGGCUUAGCCGCCUCAAGUGGCAACUGAUCUCUUGAAUUUGAAAUAAGAAUAAUGAGUUGGGUUGGGAAGGGGGCAAUGGAGGUGUGUGAAGCGACGUGUCUGAUGCGGCAGCCACCUGGUGGCGAUGUUGAGCUUGGCUCUUUAACUUUUUGCAUUGAAUCUCCUGUUCUGGUUUGAACACUCCAACAACCUCCAUAGAUUUUAAAUUGUCCUCAUCUCCUGCCUUAACCUCACAUUUUUCUCACCCCACUUUGAGUCAGCUGUACAUACAUCCGUUGUACUUGUGGUAUUUUCUCACCUCUAUGCUGCCUGCUAUCUGUGGUUAGGGCUCCCUUUAAAAAAGAGGUUCUAUCAUAUCUCAUUUAAACUCACCUGGAUGAAUAGACAGUAAUAAAGUACAUUGAUAACUGUGUCCAAACCACAUGGUUUUGAUGUGUAAUUUCUGUCAGUUUCCUCCCACUUUAGAUCAUCCUUCUCCUGUCGGUACUUUGUCCUGCCGUGCUGCUUCUUUGACUUCUAUGGGAAGUACCAGCGGAGACACUGUAAGAAGUCCCAGUAUAAGGAAUACAUUGACUUCAUCUCUGAAGUCAGCACAGCCUGUGGGUUCAACACAGAGGAGGACUGCCUGAGAAUCCCCUCCACAAAGCGGGUAUGCUAAUGCUAACAAUGACACUUGAACACACAGUACAUGCUAACGUGUUAAUGCAAACCACUCAUGUUGUUGUAAUCUAACCCCUUGCUCUACAGGUGUGUCUGGUGGGAAAGUCGAGGAGCUACCAGCUGUCAGACGAGCCACAGGCGGAGGAGUGCAGAGUCAAGUAUAUACAGGGUCGUCAGACCUGCUCCGGGGUCACAGUUCGAGAGUCAAACGCUGAGGGUGAAGCCGAGCACAACCACUCAGAAACGGACAGGAUCCACGGCACCAACUGGGGAGCUGGGUUCCAGCCCCGAGAGAGGAUCGAGACAGUGCGGAACUGUGCCGCCCUUCCCCGGGACUUUGUAGAUGGUAUAGUCCUACGUGUGGCCAACUCUCUGCUGGGGUUGACUAAGGACGAAGGUGGUGAUGUCCCCAGCACCUGGAACACGGGAGGUAAGAGAAUGGGCCUUAAUAACUAAACUGUCAAUCAAAUCACAAGGUAAUCUCUCCCUCAAAAUUCAAUAAAGUCCCACUCAGUCUGCAUUUACAUGAGCUGUAAUUGAGGUCAUAACAGGUUUAGGAAUAAAGUACAUAUCUGAUCUUGGAUUCAUUACUAGUAUGGAGUGUAUUGGAUUUAUGUACUGUGUACUACAUGGUGUAUUGUUGAUUUAGUGGAAUUCAGGAUGAUAGGGUGUGUGCAGGAACUCAAUGGUGGUGGGCCGUCAUGCCCUUAACCCACCCCAUCUCUUUCGGUAUCUCUACCUCUCCCUGUCUAUCGUUCUCUCUCAGCACCAAUAGGAAAGCCCUGGUGGCGCAGCGCGACCCUGCUUUGAACCCUGUCAGCGUUUCAUCCUCCGCCAUCCUGCACCACAUUCACACACUGCCCCCAUCUCUCCUUUAUCAACCUUUUUCCGGACUUUCCCCUCAUCCUCCAAACACACACAAACACACACCUGCACUCCCCCCUCCCACUGUACGAUGGAUGAGAUGAAGUCUAGUCUGAUUAAAACAGAAGAAUCUCUGUCAGAACUGAAAUUACAGAGAGGGACAGAAAGGUAGAGUAGGAGAGAGGAAAAGGGAGCGAGAGGAAAAGAGGGGAAGAGACAGAGAGCCUGUAAUCCAGGAUGGAGAUUACUGGAUGAAUAAUGCACUAUGAUGAAAGAUAUUUUAUGCAUGAGUCUGUAUUUGUGUCGGGUAUUUCUACCAGUUAUCUUAUAGCGCAGCUCUGAAAAGAGGGAGGUUAUGCCGGGGCAGCUUGUAUGGACAGUGGCCAGCUCCCGAGUUUCAAUGUACCAUUUUAGAUGGCAAAGCAAAGUGCUACUAUUAAAGUGGAACUGACAGCGUUUUAACUACGUUGCCGAUAUGAAACAAACAGACAAUCAUAAUAUCAGUAACAAAUAUCAUAACCUGCAACAAAACACCAUGCAAAUUAGAAACAUGUAAGCAGUAGUCUAGGUUGGCUACUCAACCAAAAUACAUUUUGAGUGCACCAUACAGCAAUGCUGCAUUCAACCGCACCAGUGAUCCAUGCAAGAUUUCAUGUUGCUAAUAUGCUGUCAGUUCCACUUUAAGUAUGCACUCUUUUUAGCAUACUCUUAGCUAAAAUGCAAGGUAAAAACAAUUCCUCAAUGGUUUUUGAGCAUUUCUGUUUCCACUUAUACAAUAGCACUAAAUAAAUACAAUGUUAUGUUAGCUGAGCAUCUUGCUAGGAGCCAUUUAAUACAUUCAGCAAUACGAUGUCACCUUGCUGAGUGUAGCUUUAAGCCCACAGCAUUACACAAACACACUAUCUAUGGACAGUCCAUUAAUAACGGUUUGGGAGGCCAGUCCAGGUCCACAUUGUCAAUAGCCCCUCUUAUCCCGUUAAUCUCUAUUAGCAUUGUAGGCUAUAGUAUCUUAAGGACAGCUGUAAACAUUGUAUUAUUACAUUAAGGCCCUGGGCUCCCUGGCGUCUCUGCCCUCAGACUGCUCUUUGCUGCCCUCUGUUCACACAUACGUUGGCAUACUAUUCCCAGCUACUGUGCCAGGCUGCAAACAAAACUUGAGUGUCUUGAAUUCUUACGUCAUGUGGUACAGUACUAUAACUGUAAUCUAAGUAGGCUAUGUAUAAUGUCUGUAUAUACAAAAUCAACAGAACAGUUUUGAAGUUGAUAAUCAAGAGUGGAGGGCUCUUGAUGAUUGAUUGACAAGUAUUGCGCUGUAAUUUGUUAGUAAGAUGGUAAUGGCUUUGCCACAGCAGAAAAAUUACAAUGGGUUGCCCCGACGACUCGGUUUGAUUAUAAUAUGAUGUAACACAAAUAAAAUAACAUGGAGCAUGAGGGAAGGGAACCUAAGGUAGAAUUGUUCUCCCGUAUGCCAAAGAGAGAAGAUUGUCAUUUAUACGAACCAAAGGUCAACACAGAUUGAAUUCUCCAUGGAGAAGGGGAAAUCAAAGAAAGAAAUACCUUAAUCUCCAUGAAAUGGAACUUAAAGGUUGGCUAGCUGCUCUGCUGGGAACUCAACUGUGAAUUCAUAUCUCGGCUUACAAAUAUUGUGGAAACACCUAAAGAGUUUUUGGCCAUGUAUAUGCAUUAUCUAAGGCCCAUGGGGAAUGGGUUCGUUUUAAUAUCUUUCUCAGUGGGGAAAUUAUGGUGGUGGGAAAUGACAGACAACAAUGACUCAGGAUUUAUUUUUAAAUGGCCGCUGGGAACUGUGGUGGCAAAAUGUCCUCUGUUAUUAUGACAGCAUGUUGGACUGCGUUUUUAAUUGACUUCACAGCUCUGACUGACACCUUGUCUGAGAGAAUAAGUUAUUUUCUGAGGUUCUAAUUUAGCACAACUCCCUUGUUAUCUCUGUCUGCUUUCCAAAUGUUUACCAGGGUCAAAAGCAGUGCACUAUAAAGAGAAAAGGGUGCCAUUUGGGACUCAGCCCAAAAGUCACACCUACCCACCCAAGCCAUUUUCUCACAACGCCAAUGUCAUGUUUAUCAUAACCCCAUCAUCUCCUAUGGCUUUCUAAUCUCUUUGUCCUAGUCCUCCUUUAUUGAACCCUUAACCACUCUCCUCUUCUCCUUUUUCAUUCUAAAUUGCACUCUUGGCUCUCCCUUCUCCAGGCAGGCUGUCCGUGAGAGAGGUGGCUGAGCUGUUGGAGCAGGAGACUCUGCAGGUCCUGAAGAAAGAGUGUGGCGGUCUGCAGACCCUGCUCAAGAACAACCACCAGGUCUUCAGAGGUACGUGCAGUACAAACUCCACAUCCAGACACUCUUCUCAAAGAAGCUUGAGCCCCAAAUGGGUCUAACCAGAGCCAUAGUAUGUGUCCCAAAUGACGCAUAUUCCCUAUAUAGUGCACUACAUUUGGACCAGGGCCUAAAGGGUUAGGGGUAGGGAUGUUUGGGACGCAGCCAUAGUAGAUACUAUGUGGAGAUCUGCUAAGUGUCUAUUUUGGCACCAAACAUCACAUGUAAAUAGUGUUCUAAUUUGCAUUCUCACUAUAAGGUUAAUUAUCUUGGAACCUUUGGUGCUAACAUGAUGGCUAUUAAGUUUGCUGAACUAUAUAUCAUUGGCUCUGGGUCUACAUACUGAAGCAAUCCAGGGCUUAUUGGAAUGCCGCAUUCAGAUAUGAAUGCUUGAAAAAGUCGAUGGAAUCAUUCCCAUUCUCAGCUUGAAGGAAUUUGCAUUUGGCAAUCUCUCUCAAGACAUGCUUCUUUAACCUGAUUACAGCAGGCCUGGAAAAUACCUAGUCAGUCCACUCUUCUCUCCCUCAGUGGAAGGUGGAAUGGUCCAUAUCCGGGACUGGCGGGUACAGGCCCAGAGGCCUAGAGGGCUGCAGGGUACCAGGGCUGAUUCUAAGCGGAAGCCUCUACUCUCUGGUGCCCUGAAGACCCGGGCCUGCUGGUUCCACACCCACCACCCUCACGGAUGCCCACUGCAGGCCGAGGAGUGUGCCUUCGCCCAUGGCCCCGACGACCUCCGACCUUCCACCAGACCACUCAAGAAAAUGAAGAACUCCAACUGAAUGCUCGAUUCAGUUUGGACCAUUAUUGCAAUGUUUUAUUUCUAUUUUACUAUUAUUAUUAUUUUAUUGUUUUGAAUUUAUGAUGGUAUAGGGAUGGCUGUGACUGUCUGUCAUACAUACAUACAUACAUACAUACAUACAUACAGUGGGGUCCAAAAUGAUUUACACCCUAAUAAUUCAAUAACUGAGCUAUAUUGUAAGUGGAAAAAAAAGAGGACAUCAUAUUAUUUUAUACUAAUACAAUUGCUCAGAGAAAGAGAUUUAUACUUUAUUUUCUCAAAAAGAUAGGGGUCAAAAUUAUUGACACCUCUAAAGAUUCUUAUAAAGAAAGUAGUC